AUAUAAGACAAGAUAAGAUAAACUUAGAUAAACUAACCACUGGGGGAAUCCACUUGUCACAGCAGCAGAUGAAGUAAACAAGAGAUCAAACAGAAGUAUUAAAAUAGAAUAAAAUAGAAAGUGGAAGAUAGAAUUAUAUAACAGACAGAGAAUAGGUCCAGAGCUUUGUUGAAUGUGUGUUUUUGACGUGUGUGUGUUUACAAACUGCUGCUGUGGCUCUGAGACUCCGACAGGUGAGAGACAUGCAACAUGGGCAGAGAUGGAGAAGGUCAGAGGUCACGUCGCACAGCAACCUGCGAGGUUCCAGGACACACGGAGCAGCCUGAGGAUCUCCUUCCUCCUGCUCUAUGGAGAAGACCCCCGGUCCUCAGGGGUCGCACACCCCCGGUCCCCAGGGGUCGCACACCCCCGGUCCCCAGGGGUCGCAUACCGCCACACGCAACCUCUUACGGAAGAAGGAGCAGCGGCGGCGGGGGGGGAUCCGGUCCUCCUCGCCCAUGGGCCGGGUCGUCUUCAUCAACUCCCCGGUGGACGGUGGAGAUGACAGCGAGGACCUCCACACCAUCACGGUGGAUAAGAGCGUGGACGGGAAGCUCGGCUUCAGCGUGCGCGGCGGCUCCGAGCACGGCCUCAGCAUCUUCGUCAGUAAGGUGGAGGACCACAGCACCGCGGAGGAAGCGGGUCUGCUGGUGGGCGACAAGCUGGUGGAGGUGAACGGCGUCAGCCUGGAGAGCAUCACCAUGAGCAGCGCCGUGAAGGUCCUGACGGGAAACGACCGGCUGAGGAUGGUGCUGAGGCGAGUCGGCAAAGUCCCCGGGAUCCGCUACUCCAAAGAGAAGACCACCUGGGUGGACUUGAUUCACAGGCGCAUGGUGGUGGAGGAGAGCGGGCGGACGCCGUCGGAGGCCAGCGCUGGCUCCGCCCUCCAGAGGAUCGUGCACCUCUACACCACCUCGGACGACUACUGCCUCGGCUUCAACAUCCGGGGGGGGAAGGAGUUCGGUCUGGGGAUCUACGUCUCCAAACUGGAUCCCGGGGGUCUGGCCGAGCAGAACGGAAUCAAGAUGGGGGAUCAGAUCCUGGACGCCAACGGCUUGAGCUUUGAGGACAUCAGCCACAGCAGCGCGGUGGAGGUGCUGAAGAGCCACACACACGUCAUGCUGACCAUCAAGGAAGCAGGACGAUACCCGGCCUACAAGGAGAUGGUGGCUGAGUACAGGUGGCUCAACAAGUUGUCCAACGGGCCCCAGACGUCCUCGUCCCAGGGUUCAGACUCUAACUCGUCUCUGUCGUCUCUGUCGUCCGGGACGCCGGUCAGCUCCCUGAGCGGCCUGUCGCAGGUCAUGUUCCCCCCCAGCCUGCCCUUCGGCUCGGACAUGGUGGACGUCUCCAUCUCCACCGAGGACCAGAGGUUCGAGUCCGAGCGAACCGAGACCGCCAUCCAGACGGACCCCCCCCCUCAGAGGACGGGUGCAGACACCACCCGCAGCCUGGGACGCACCACCCGGCUCAGAGACACGUUGAUCCGCGGAGAGGAGGACAGCGGGAGGAAGGACUCGCCCAAGACGGCCACGCUGCUGGCUCUCAGCGCGCCCGGCCGCCUCAUCAGCAGGUCGCAGAGCCAGGUCACCGUGGCAGAAAUCACGCAGAAGAAAGAGAAGAAGCAGAAAGGGAAGGAGCCGGAGGAGAAGAGCCCCCUGCAGCGCUCCAGGACCUUCGUGAACCUGCUGCUCAGGGCCGGGCGCAGGAGAGACGCCUCCAGGGGGCGCUCCAAGUCCCCGUCCACAGACAAGACAAGCAAAGAGAGUCGAAAGCUCGGUGCGAUGCCAAAUCCAGAGAUGCUGCGGGUGGUGGAGGACAUGGCGUGCCGGCUGCUGCCCGAGGAGGAGGUGGCUGCGGUGAUGGCCACGUGCCGGCGGUACACAGCAGAGCGGUCGGUGGAGAACCUGAUACGCCACCUGCUGGCCGUGCUGGACCGGCCGGAAAAGCUGCUGCUGCUGAGGGAGGUCAGAAUGCUGCUUCCUCCGUCUGACCUGAGUCUUUUCAACAACAUGGUGACUCCCAUUGAAGUCGAGGCCUACGACAUCCUCAAGUAUCGCUCGGUUCGAACUCCUCCUCUUCGCUGUUCCACAUCCGGUCGAGCUCCCAAACGCCGACUCAUCACUCCCAUCCCAGAUUUCCGAGGAGGCUUCGAGCUCCACAGCGCGGAGGAGGUGGAGAAGGAGAGCCACCUGCUGGUGGAGCUGGAGAAGCUCAGCCUGUCGGGGCCCCGGCGUUCCACAGACAGGCCCCCCCGACCCUGCACGUCCUUCACGCCGCUGCUGGACAUCCCGGUGGACGGAUACACCGCGGCCUCGGGGGGGCCGGGACCCCGCUCGGCCCCCCCCAUGCCCCCCAACUGGCUGCUGGCCCACAGCCACGACCCCCGCCCCCCCCUCCGAACCGACAUCGGCACCAUCCGCUCGGUGCACUUCGACGAGGUGUCGCUCCACUCGGCGUCCGGCAGGGCGGAGCCAGAGAGGGGACGGCCCCCGUUCAGAAACAGCCCCCCCGAAGGUCAAAAGGGUCAAAGUGGAGGCCGGGGUCGAGACGGCGUGUUCACGCUGCAGGGCGUCGCUCGCAGGAGUCGGCCGCUGCUGUCGCAGGUGUUCGGCUCGAGUCCCGAUCGGAAGGUCGUGAGCGAACAGGUGAACGGACGCCACGGCCCGGACGCCGGACGGGAGUACGACCUCCAAACCGUCAGCAUCUCCAAGACCAAACAGUCGUUAGGCAUCAGUAUAUCUGGAGGGAUGGAGUCCAAGAUUCAGCCGGUGGUGAAGAUCGAGAAGAUCUUUCCUGGAGGAGCCGCCUCCACCUGUGAAGUGCUCAAGGCUGGAUUCGAGCUGGUGUCGGUGGACGGCGUCUCCCUACACGCGGUGACACAUCCGCACGCCGUCGACAUCAUCCGAAAAGCCUUCAGCAACAAGGCCAAAGACCCCAUGGUGUUUGUGGUCAAAGUCCCCAAACCCGUUUAAGAGGAGACGGGGAUGCACAUGGAGAACUUAGAUCCAAACCCAGAGGGACACGGGAAACUUGAACACGCCGCUGAGCAGAGACAAGAGACCAGGGACCAGGGACCAGGGACCAGGGACCAGGGACCAGGGACCAGGGACCAGGGACCAGGGACCAGGGACCAGGGACCAGGGUCAUGGCGUUUUGUUAAAGUGACGCCACAGAUGCUGGUGAUUCCUGAGCUGAGGAGUGGAAGAGGAGCUGAGGCAGCAGCUCAUGGGACACAAGGAGAAUUAAGCCGAUGAAUUCAGAGGAGGAACAAGACUCGAUCCUGAAGGAAGAGAUGCUCCUGAUGCCUUUACGUCGGUUUAUCACAACGAAGGGUUUCUUUUUACGUUGUGUUAACAUUCAUCAGUGUAUGGAAAGAUACACAAGUAGACGUGUCAUGGAUCAGCAGUGUGCGUCUGUGCUCUGGACUUUUUAAAUAUGUAGGAUGACAAACUGUAGCCCGAGUGCCUUUAACAGCCCUGUGGACUGAAAGCACAGCUUUGACCUCUAGGUGGCAGACAUGAGCUGCUCAGAAACAUCUGUGCUGCAGGAUGUGAAGGAUAUUUUUGAACACAAACCUUUAAAAAACAUUGUAUACAUUAUUAAAUAAUCCAAACUGCCAUUGGGGAGGAUUACACACCAGAUACAACUGUAAAUACUGAAGUUUGACUAAACUUAAAAAGUAUUAAAGCCAAUUAAAGGGGCCAAAAAUCUGAGAUUUCAAGAAUAAAGUUGUUAUAUUCCGCAAAUAAAGUCGUACUAUCAUGAAAGUAAAUCUUAAUUUACAAGAAUAUAGAAAUUCAGAAGUAAAAAUACUUUUUUGUAACCAAAUUAACUUUGUCAUAUUUUGACUUCAUAUAUCGAUUGGGACCUUAUUCUCGAUGUCUUUGAAUGAUGUUCUCUUCAUUAUGGUUUUAAUACUUCGUCACACUGUGAAAACUCAGGUCAACAAAGUCAGAAUUGUGUAUUUAAUCUGGUGAAAUAAAACAUUCACCUCUC